AUGGCUACCACCCCAGAGAGAAUGCUGAGUGCGUCGGAAUUGGUCGACCUGGCCCCCUUGGCGACUGAGCCAGGGAAUGAUCUGAUUUCGACCGUACAGGAACGGGAUAAGCAUAAGGUCGCUCAAGAUCAGAGUGUCGAGAAGCCGGAUGAGGAUCAGUCGAAAAUCGAGAAGGCUCUAGAAGAUGCAAUGAGCGACAUUGUGGAGCGAGGUGAAAGUGAAGACAUCAGUGGAAAGCCGAUAGCUGAAAGUGACAAGCUAGAAGCUUUGGAGGAAAUCCCGCAAGAGGCAAACAUCGUGGACGAGGAUCACGUCGAGCAAGAGACCACUCACGACGAAGCUCACGAUGAAGCUCACGAUGAAGCCAUCGUGGAGGCCUCGGAAGAUGCAGCGGAAGGCGAAGAUCGCUGUGCACGUGUGGAGGUUUAAGCUGUUGAGCAGUGGAGCUGGCGAUGAGCUGAGUUGGUGUGCCGAUUCCUGCCAGCAGCGUGAAGAGUGAAGGGAGCGAAUGAACUG